AUGAUCGGACCGCUCACUGUGUCACAACAAUAUCUAUUGGCUAGCAAGGCCCGUAGCAAACUUAUGAAAUGUGCCAACGCUGGCAAAAAUAAAGACUACGAUUUGCGAGUGUUGGUCGGUCACGCCAAUAUGUUAGACAGACUGAUGGAUAACAUUGAGAAGUUCAACUCGAAGGACGGCGGUGCGUCUGGUUCAUAUGGAGCAGAGUAUAUUUCUAGCGACGAGGACUCGGAUGAGGAGAACAGAGAUUUUUCGUCGGACUCGUCCAGCGAAGACGAUUCCGAGGCGGAAGAGGACGACAGCAGCGACAGUGACUACAGCGAUAGCAGUGAACGGGAGGAGUGUGACGAGAGGGUGAGGUACACUCCAUUGGGUCUCGCGAGACCCAAUGGACUGGACGCGGUGGUUACUGUGACGAUCGACCAGUGUCUGGAGGAUGAGGAGGAGUACGAAUCGGACAGCGAGAGCGAUGUGGAUGAGCACGGUUUCGAGAUGGAUUUGUCGAUGAUGCCACUGGCGUUCAAGACGCGCGACGUCGGCAUGAGUGGCCAGGUCGCGAUCCAUGAACCGCUCAUUGUCUAG